AAUGACCAUGUGUAGCGGAGCAAGGUUGGCCCUGCUGGUCUAUGGGAUAAUAAUGCACAGCAGCGUCUACUGCUCACCUGUCGCCGCCGGACUCCGGUUCCCCGGGAUCAGUCCUGAGGAUGAGGCUUACGACGAGGACGGAAACUCGCUGCAGGACUUUUACGACUCGGACCCGCCAGGCGCAGGGAGCCCCGCCUCUGCGCUGCAUGACGCCUACGCUCUCUACUAUCCAGCGGAGAAGAGAGAUGUCGCCCAAGGGAUCCUUAACAAGGCCUACCGCAAAGUGCUGGACCAGCUGUCUGCCAGGAAGUACCUGCAAUCCCUCAUGACCAAGAGUGUGGGUGGGAACCUUGGCGGCGGCGCGGAGGAGGACUGGGAGCCGCUCUCCAAGCGCCACUCGGAUGGAAUCUUCACAGACAGCUACAGCCGCUACCGGAAGCAAAUGGCUGUCAAGAAAUACUUGGCGGCCGUCCUGGGGAAAAGGUAUAAACAAAGGGUUAAAAACAAAGGACGUCGAAUAGCGUAUUUGUAGCGAUGAGUUACUUACUACCCUGUGUAUACAACCCUGACACAGUGAAAAGUCGUUUUCCAAACUGACUGAAGUCAUCGCUCAUGUGUUCUAUCCAAACAUGUAUUUAUGUAUGAAGUAAAGCCAUUAAAUGAAUAUUUUGAUAAUAAUAUUGUUUUUCUUUUUACAAAGCACUAGAGAAUGCACAGAUAUACUUUGUGGACCAAUAUAUAUUAUAAAUAUAUAUAUUAAGAAUAUAUAUAAGUAUAACAGAGAGCAACUCAUACAAAGUGUGCACAAGGAUUGAAAAUUUGCCUGAGCUGUUUAUGUUUUUAUAUAAAAUAAAUAGAAAAA